AUGUCAUUGCAGUUAUUUAGUUUCGGUCACCCCUGCGAGCACCAGCUGCGCCGGCAGUGCAUUGGCGGCGACAACUGCCCUCUCAACGGUUACCCUGACGCUUGGUGCUGCAGCUUCAUCAAGGGCAAGAUCAACUUCAAGCGGGACAAGCCGUGCGAGGGGCCACGCUGUCGAUGGGGCUUUGCACACCCCUCACAGUCGCAGUUUGACGCGGUCACGCAGGUGCUCAAUGAGAGUCGCCCCAUCGCGGCCAAGCUUGACGACGCGGAUGACAAGGAGCAGAUUACCUUCAACAUAGAAAACUCCUACCUCGUAGACACGGUGCAGUGCGCCCUGCAUAUGAUGCGUCACCCGCCGAUUAGCCGGGCCACACGUGUAGGGCAGCUGCUGGCAUACGCGGCGCUGCGGGCGGCGGACCCGAAGGUGUUCAUGCAGCUUCUCAAGACACUUAAGAAGCCUGUGGACGGCUACCUACUGGGCGCCUAUGACUACCUCACGAGUGGUAACCUGCCGACAGCCGCCGCUGUCGCCACCGUCACCAGCACCAACACCAAUGCGCAGGGGAAAGCCGCAGGCAAGAAGGGCCAUAGUGAUAAAAAGGAGGACGUCUCUGAAGAGUUACGGAACGACAUGGUGGAUCUCAUGAACGCCGCGCUCAGCUCCGGCGGUCAGCUCGUUAACCGUGAGGACCAGCACACGUUGCAGGCCGUAUUCAUUCAGGCCCUCCGCAGCUACCCCAAGAGCAAUAAGAAGCGACAGGAAAUGUUAGAGUUGGCCGUCGCAAAGUUUGGCAGCCGCCCUGUAGCGAAGAGCGCACCAGCCACUACAACUGCCGCAGGUCAGGUGGCAGCUGCGGCCAAUACUCCUAACACUAACCAUAAUGCUGCCACGAACGCCGCUGCUGCAGCCAAUGCCAAUACUCCUAGACACGCUGGCGCAGCAGGCACGAUGGCAUCAGCCAAUGCCGCAGCGUCUGGGAAGGCCGGAACGGCAACAAGCCCUAACGUACUGGCGGCGACUGCUGCGGCGGCAGCCCCAGCAGGUGGUGGUGGUAGUAAUAGUACCAGCAACACAAUGUUGGCCGGCAGCGGUGGGAUUCAGUCGAAGAUAUCAGGGACACUGGAGGAGGGUGGCGCCGCUUCCGCCCCCAUCAGUGCCAGCCUAGGCGCAAGUAUCACCAGCAACAACACGGCCUCUAUGCGACGUCCACAGGUUGUUGGUGGCACCUCCACGCUGACGACGGUGAGCACGCGCAACAGGGAGACCAACAGCACCUCACCUGCGCGGCAGCCGUCAACAACGCAAGAGCCCCUGCAGCGACAGAUGCCGCCGCAGCCGCAACCGGUUGUUGGGAUCAGUCGCGUGGCGCAGCAAGUCCGGCAGGCUCCGGCCCUCCAAUACGAACCGAUCCGCACGGACCUGCCGCUCCCGAACGUUGCCCUCUUCGGUGGCCUUUUUGGGUUGACGCCGCAGUCCGCCUCCUGGGCGCUGCUGGGAGCUGCCUCCAGCUUCAAGUCCACUACCGCCAUGUCCAGCUCGCCCGCGCCCGCUGCCGCCUCCUGCGGGUCCCCCUUCGUGGAGGCGGCGGGUGAGGUGGACGACAAGCUUAUGCGCUUCAUGUCCGCUGCGGCGCCGGCGUACAAUUUAUUUAGCGGCAUCGAUGGGCUGUCGACGGAGAACCGGGGGAUGAAGACGCUCUUCGACGACUGA